AUGGUCGCCCGGCCCACACUGUCCGGUGUGCUGAUGGAGGCUCGUCGGAUCCGAGUCACCCUACAGUACUUGGUGGACUGGGAGGGCUACGGCCCUGAGAAGCGAGCGGAAUACUCCACAGACAGCAACCUCUACCCUGUCUGUCCACUGGGCCAGUUCCCCUGUGGAAACCUGUCUGUGUGCCUGCCCCAGCUUUACCACUGCAAUGGGGUCCAGGACUGUACUAACGGAGCUGAUGAGGAAAACUGCGUACUGGACGUGUUUCCAGAGGUAUGUUUCUGUGAGGGCAGGAGAAUAAACUGUAACAAAAAGGGUCUACUCAGCAUCCCAACUGUGUCUUCCAAUAUAACAGCUCUUGAGCUGAACAGCAACCAGAUAACUGCUCUCCAACCAGACCAGUUCAUCCGCUACAAACACCUUGAGAGACUACACCUGGAAGACAACAGGAUCAAAAGAAUCUCCAAGCAGGCAUUCUCAGGACUCUACUCACUAAGAAGACUAUUUCUCAGUCAGAAUCGGAUUACGUUGUUGAAGGCUGGCAUUUUUCAAGACCUUUGGAACCUGGAGUGGCUGAUUCUUGAUGAAAAUAGAAUAGCAUCUCUGAGACAGAAAUCGUUUGAGGGGCUGAAAUCGUUAUUUUUCCUGUCUUUGCUGAACAAUUCCCUAGAAUCCUUCCCCAAGAAAUCUGUCUGCCAGGAAAUGCCUAGAUUAAACUGGCUAGAACUGGAGGGGAACAAGAUAUCAUCUUUGUGGGUUUCCAGCUUUCAAAACUGCACCACUCUGACAGUAUUGGCUCUUCGAAAAAACAGAAUACAAACUAUUGAGGAGGGAAUAUUUUCCGGCAUGCCAAACCUGAUAGACUUGGACGUAUCUUUAAACAAAAUUGAGGAGUUCUCACCAACUCUAUUUACAAAUCUUCAAAACCUAAAACAGUUGAACAUCUCAAAUAACCCUCUGACUCAUAUCUAUGAUGAUCAGUUUGACAUGUUUGUCAAUUUGCAAUCUCUGAGUAUAGAGGAGGUCGACAUACCAAACAUCAGUAUUCAGAUGUUUCGCUCUCUUCGGAACUUGGCCCAUAUUUAUUUUAAGAAAUUUGAAUACUGUGGCUACUCUCCUAAUGUGCGAAGUUGCAAGCCAAACACGGACGGGAUUUCAACAUUUGAGAAUCUUCUUGCGAACAUCAUCCUUCGUGUUUUUGUGUGGGUGGUGGCCUUCAUCAUCUGCUUUGGCAACAUUUUUGUGAUAUGCCUGCGGUCUUGCAUUGCAUCCGAAAACCAGCACCACACCAUGGCCAUCAUAUCACUGUGCUGUGCUGACUGCUUGAUGGGAGUAUACCUGUUCUUCAUUGGUGCAUUCGACAUCAAAUACUGUGGAGAGUACAACAGACACGCCCAGCUGUGGAUGGAGAGCAUGCAGUGCCAGUUGAUUGGCUCUCUGGCCAUGCUGUCCACUGAGGUGUCAGUCAUGCUUUUGACCUACAUGACUAUGGAGAAGUACCUGUGCAUUGUGUUCCCCUUCCACAACUACAGAGCCGGACGGAAACAGACACUCUGCUACCUCAUCUUCAUCUGGGUCCUGGGUUUCAUAAUCGCCGUCAUUCCCCUCUGGGACAAGCAGACGUUUGGGAAUUACUACGGCAGGAAUGGAGUGUGUUUUCCACUUCACUCAGACGAGAUGGAGAAACCAGGUGCCCGAUGCUACUCCACUGGAAUAUUUCUGGGGUUGAAUCUCUUUGCAUUCGUCAUGAUCGUCUUCUCCUACACCAGCAUGUUUUACUCUGUACAGAAAACUGCUAAGACAGCAAGACAGUCCGUCUACAACAAGGAGGUCUCUAUAGCCAAGAGGUUUUUCUUCAUUGUUUUCACAGAUGCCAUGUGUUGGACACCUAUAUUCCUCCUAAAGAUCCUCUCUCUUUUACAAGUGGAAAUAGCAGGAACAAUCGUUUUAUGGGUGGUGAUCUUCAUCCUGCCCAUCAAUAGUGCCCUAAACCCCAUCCUGUACACCAUCACCACCAGCUCCUUCCAGGAGAGACUGAAACUCUGCCUGAAGGCCAAGUGCAAACAGACUGGGCUCAGGGAAACUUCCCAAAAAGUAUCUGAAGUCUACCAGAACCCCAGCCCUCCUCCUUAACAAAAAGGAACCUCUCAGUCAGGGAGCUAGCCAACCCUCCUGGGUGUACAGGCUUUUAUUCCAGUCCUUCUGGAACACACCUGAUUCAGAUCAUCAAGAUCUUGCAGAUCAUCUGAUUAAUAGGAUCAGUGUGUUUGAGCAGG